AUGUCUAAUAUAAGUCCAUUNGACGAUGGACUUAUCGAAGUGAUCGGUUUGACAACAUAUCAGUUGCCACUACUGCAAGCGGGAGGACACGGAACAUGUAUAGCCCAGUGUAGAAGUGCUAAGAUAAUCACCACCCGCACCAUACCUAUGCAAGUGGAUGGCGAGCCCUGUCGUCUCUUGCCAUCUAUCAUAACAUUACAACUCAGAAAUCAGGCAAACCUUAUCGCCAAAGCCAAGAGUCAUAACCAAAUAAUUCACGUACCUACACUCGAAAAGUUGACAAUAAAAGUGCGAAAAUUGAAUUUAAAUGAUUACGAGACCUAUCAUUACGAUAAGCAUAAGCUUAAGGAAGUCUCACUAUUAGUGGGAAUGCUAUGUAUCGAUCAGAACCUGGAGUUAGUUCACGUCAGAACCAAAAUCAAUGAAUUAAUGCGGGAUAAGAGUUAUAAUAGCGUUCAAUCCGGUGCUGAUAAUACUUGUGUCACCACAAAGUUCGUAUCACAUGACUGGUGUUUCGUCGACUCCUGUACAGCCGAACGAUUUUUUCGUAUCGACAGAGCGCAGGAAGACCUCCACUUCGUUGUCGACAUCUGCACCGAUGAUCUCUAUAUUCUCGAUCCGGAGAGUCCUAAUUCCGAUGAUAAGGACGAGAUUGAUAUCUUUGACACCACCUCUGAGUCGGAUUUUAUCACUUUUAAUAAUAAUAGUCUUAGGAAUGCAUCCCAUCAGUCAUCUAGUGAUGAAAGUCCCACCACUUCUAUAGGCCGAACCCACUCUAAUCCAAUCAAUGUUCCACAAGACUUCUCUCAGGAGGAGGUCCUCUAUGCCGCCAAACAAGCAGACCUCUCAUUACUUAAACAAUUGCAUCACAAAGGGAUCAGUUUAUUAGCCGUCGAUAAGAAAGGCCUGUCAGCCCUACAUCACGCCUCUCGUCUCGGUUACGAAAACAUAGUCAGUUUCCUUCUGUCGGCCGCGCCGUCUGAACUGAUUGACUUGAUUGAGACAGAGAGCGGUCAUUCGGCUCUUCAUAUGGCCGCUCAGCACCGACAGCACAACAUCUGCACAAUGUUGGCCUCAUACGGGGCCUCCCUUUCCAGAGGCAGACAUGGGGUGCAGCAUAGGCGCAGCCUUGACGGCGAGGGGAGUCCCAGUGCCGGUGCCUAUCGAGACAACUCAAUUCAGGGAGAAAUCAAGAUCUCGACCGAAAGUGGAGAGACCCGGACACUGAGGUCAGCGCCAGACUGGGGGGAAUCGGCCAUCAAUGCCGACCACUUAUGGGUGUCGACCAACGCGUCCGGAGAUCUGUGUUAUGUCGGCGAAAACGACUGUUCCAAACAAGGACCCAGAUUAUGCUGUCCUGCCUGCAAGAUAACGGCCCACACCGGAUGUAUAAGCAUUUUGAUCGAUAAAAUCCGAUUCCAUUGUAAGCCUACCUUCAAAGACGUCGGCGUCCGUCAGUAUAGAGAACAAACUGUUAUCCAUCACCAUUGGGUGCAUAGGAGGCACCAGAAGGGAAGGUGCAAACAGUGCGGCAAAUCUUUUCAAUCGAAACUCUCGUUCGGCAACAAAGAGAUAGUGGCCAUAUCGUGCUCCUGGUGUAAGACUGCUUUCCAUAAUAAGGAGAACUGUUUCAACAUUCAAAGGAUCGGCGAGAACUGUCCCCUCGGACACCACCAGGACAUCAUUGUGCCGCCCUCUUGGAUCGUCAAACUUCCGCGACGGGGCUCAUUCAAGUCUUCAAUAAGACGUUCCCCGAAGACCAAGAGGGCGUCUUCCAAGAAACGGACCAAAAAGGACGAGUCGACCGCCACUGUAACCGUUGAUAAUCAUCUGCACCAUCAGCUGCACGCACUUCACGGCUCAUCGCCGCCGCCAACCAAAGAGUUUGGAUCACAGCACCGGAGUUUCGCAAUCAAACCGAUUCCUUCGUCGAGCUCUAAGCCAUUACUAGUGUUUAUUAAUCCAAAGAGCGGUGGAAAUCAGGGCUCAAAACUGAUGCAAAAGUUUCAAUGGCUCCUAAACCCGCGCCAAGUGUUUGAUCUCUCCCAGGGUGGGCCUAAACUGGGAUUAGAGUUGUAUAAGAAAGUGAAUAAUCUGCGAAUACUCGCGUGCGGUGGCGAUGGCACUGCCGGUUGGGUGUUAUCAGUGUUGGACGAAAUAGCUAUAUAUCCUCCGCCGCCACUCUCAGUACUACCCUUAGGCACCGGCAAUGACUUGGCGCGAGCGCUUGGUUGGGGCGGAAGCUAUACUGACGAACCGGUGUCUAAAAUCUUGCUCAACAUAAAGGACGGGGAAGUCGUACAACUCGACCGCUGGAACCUGAGGGUUGAGCGCAAUAACAACAUAUCGCCGACUGAACAAAACGCUAUCAAAGAAGACGAAGGGGCCAAACAGGAGCUGCCGCUCAAUGUUGUCAACAACUACUUCUCCAUAGGAGUGGACGCACACAUCGCCCUAUCCUUCCACGAGGCCCGAGAGGCACAUCCCGAGCGCUUCAACUCUCGGCUCAGGAAUAAGAUGUUUUACGGACAGGCGGGUGGGAAGGACUUACUGCAACGCAAAUGGAAAGACUUGUGUAAUUACAUCACUCUGGAGUGCGAUGAAGUGGACCUAACCUCCCGACUCAAGGAGCAUAAAGUGCAUUCUGUCCUAUUCCUCAAUAUCCCGAGCUACGGGGGUGGGACCCGGCCCUGGGGCUCAACCUCUCCAUGCUAUGAGACUCCGAGAACAGACGAUGGACUUAUCGAAGUGAUCGGUUUGACAACAUAUCAGUUGCCACUACUGCAAGCGGGAGGACAC